GAAACAGGAGUGACUCCUUUAAUGAUAGUGGUUAGAGAAAAUAAACUGGUGCUUGCUGAAAGACUUUUAGACCUAGGUGCAGGUGUUAAUGACAGAGCUAAGGAUGGGAGAACAUGUUUACACUAUGCAGCUUCCUUUGCCAAGGAUGACAUUGUUAAAUUAUUACUCAACAGAAAGGCAGAUUGUAAUUUACCUGGAGGGCCAAAAGAUCAGCUACCAUUACAUAUGGCCUCUGCCAGAAAUACAGGGGCAGUUACAGUUGUACAAUAUCUUCUAAAAUCUGCUGGAAAGGAAACCAGACUGGUUACUGAUAAAGGAGGUUCUAUUCCACUGUUCUUUGCGGCUGAAGUAGGAAAUAUAUCUGUUUGUAAAGAAUUACUAACACAACAUGCAGAUCAGCAACUGGCAGCCCAGAAAGAGGAUAAUGGAGACAAUGUGUUACAUAUAGCAUGUAGAAGAAGAGAUCUUGACCUUGUCAAAAUGUUGCUUGAAAGUGGAAUAUCAGUUGAUGCCACUAAUUAUGAUGGGCAUACUGCUUUACAUAUUGCAUCAUGGGAAGGAGAUGAGAUGCUGGUUAAAUAUCUGUACCAGAUGAAAGCUAAUCCAAACCUGUCAGAUAGGAUGGACAGAGUACCUGUACACUUGGCAGCAGAAAGAGGACAUACAACUAUAGUGGACCUUCUUGUAGACAAAUGUAAAGCAUCUAUUUCUGCUCGGACUAAAGAUGGCAGCACUCUCAUGCAUAUAGCUUCUACAUAUGGUCAUCCUGACACUGCCUUAACGUUUCUUAGAAAAGGAGUUCCCCUUCAGAUGCCAAAUAAGUCUGGCGCCAUCUGUUUACAUGCUGCAGCGAUGAAAGGGCAUACUAAUGUUGUACGAGCUUUAUUACAAAAAGGUGCAGCUCCUGAUUCCAAAACAAAGGAUGGAUCUACAGCAUUACAUCUAGCAGUAGAGUGUUGUAAGCCACAAGUUGUACAAACACUACUGGGAUUUGGAGCACAAGUAGAACUCAAAGGGGGAAAGGCACAAGAGACACCCUUACAUAUAGCUGCUAGGACAAGAGAAGGAGAAAAAUGUGCUGAAAUGUUGUUAAAAAGUGGUGCAGAUGUUAAUGCUACAAGGGAGAAUGGAGAAACUGCAAUGCAUAUAGCAGCUAGACAUGGUCAAAUACAGAUGGUGAUAGCUUGUUUAGAGGAAGGAGGGGAUCCUACACAACAAUCAAAGAUAGGAGAAACACCAUUGCAUGUUGCUGUUAGACACUGCCAUUUAGAUGUGGCCAGGGAACUAUUAACAAUCGUCAGUAGAUCUAGGUCUAGAAUUGAUUCUGUGAUGCUUGUCAAUCAGCAGAACUGGGAAGGGGAAACCACAGUACAUUAUGCAGCAGAGUUGACAAAGAAUAUGGCACAUGAGGAUAUGGAAGAUACAGAUAUGAUCAAGUUAUUACUGGAGUAUGAUGGAGACACAAGCUUACACACUAAACUGACAUUUGAAACUCCCUUACACUAUUGUGCCAGGGCUGGUAAUGGGGACAUACUGUUAGAGAUUGUCAAACAUAUUGGUGCUCUAGGUGUACAGAAGGCUGUUAAUAAACAGUCUAAGAAUGGUUGGUCUCCAUUGUUAGUAGCGAGUGAGCAGGGUCAUAUCAGUAUUGUAAAGAUCCUUCUACAGCACCAUGCCAGAGUUGAUGUUUUUGAUGAGAAUCAUGGUAAAGCUGCUUUACAUUUAGCAGCGGAGAGUGGCCAUGACCAAGUGGCUGAUGUUCUGUUGUGGCACAAAGCUUUUGUCAAUGCCAAGUCAAAACAGGGAGUAACACCUCUUCAUUUGGCUGCUCAGAAUGGUUACAACAAACUGGUUAAACUGCUGAUAGAGACACAUGGGGCAACAAUUGAUGCAUUGUCCUUGGCUAAAAGAACUCCAUUACAUAUGGCAGCCCAAAGUGGUCAGAUGGAAGUUUGUAGUACAUUGCUGAAUAUGAAAGCUGAUGCUAAUGCUACUGAUGUGCAUGGUCAGACUCCUCUACAUUUGGCUGCUGAGAAUGAUCAUUCUGAUGUAGUAAAGUUGUUCCUAAAGUACAGACCAGAAUUAGUAACAAUGGCUAACACAAAUGGUAUGACAUGUGCCCACAUUGCUGCUGCUAAAGGAAGUGUUGCUGUUGUCAAGGAGCUAAUGAGGUUCAACAAAGGAGUUGUCACUACAGCUAGAAAUAGAACCAAUGAUUCUACAGCUUUGCACCUUGCAGCAGCCGGAGGUCAUAAAGAGGUCGUACAGGUGCUAUUAGAGGCUGGGGCUUCCGCUGUUGAUGAAAAUGCUGAUGGAAUGACAGCAAUCCAUUUAUCAGCUAAACAUGGUCACACUAACAUAUUGGAAGCUUUGAAAGGACAUGUAUCAUGGAGGAUAACUAGUAAAAAGACUGGAUUGUCAGGACUACAUGUAGCUGCCCACUUUGGACAGGUAGAUUUUGUCAGGGAAAUGUUGACAAAAGUUCCUGCUACAGUUAAAAGUGAGCCUCCAGUUGGGGGAGAUUCAGGUGAAGAAGUAUUUGGAAAUGAUUCUGGUUUGACACCAUUACAUUUAGCUGCCCAGUCGGGACACGAGGGAUUAGUCAGAUUGUUACUCAACUCACCAGGAGUACAGGCUGAUGUUUCAACCAAUGCUCAGGGAGCUAUUCCAUUACACUUAGCAGCACAAGGAGGACAUACAUCAGUGGUCAGUUUGUUGCUAAGUAAGUCAACCAGCCAAUUACAACUGAAGGACAAGAGGGGAAGAACUGCCUUACAUUUGGCUGCUGCCAAUGGUCAUUUGGAUAUGGUCGCUUUAUUACUUGGCCAAGGGGCAGAUAUAAAUGCUUGUGAUAAGAAUGGAUGGACUUCGCUACAUUUCUCUGCCAAAGCUGGAUAUCUAAACGUUGUCAAACUGCUUGUUGAAAGUGGAGCAUCGCCAAAGUUUGAAACAAAGGAUGGGAAAGUGCCAAUAUGUUAUGCUGCAGCUAUGAACCACUCUGAAGUGUUGAGUUAUCUGUUGAGGAAAGAUCACAACACUCAGCAUCUAAUGGAUGAUAAAAAGUUUGUAUUUGACCUAAUGGUCUGUGGGAAACUGACAAAGAACAAGUGUCUGGAAGAGUUUAUACUGCUUUCACCUGCUCCAGUCGACACUGCUGCCAAAAUGUCAAGUAGCUUCCGUCUGCUAGCUAGCAAAGAAAAGGAGAGGUCACGUGACCUCCUGGUUGCUGGGGACUACUGUGAAUUUAUGGCUACUGAGUUGACUGCAAUAGCUGCUAGUUCUAACAGUGCAGGACAAAUUCUAAAGUCUGUUGAUAAUCAUGGAACUCCAUUUUUAGAUGUGUUGAUCGAAAAUGAGCAGAAAGAAGUAGUUUCCCAUCCAUCAGUUCAGAAAUAUUUAUCCGAUGUUUGGAUGGGUAAUUUGAAAUGGACGACAUGGAAAAUUGUGAUGUUAUUUUUAGUAUUUUUGUUUGUACCUUUAGUGUGGUUAAUAGUAUCUUUACCAUUAAGACAAAGAUACAACAAAAUUCCUAUAAUCAAAUUCAUGGCAUACCUAGUAUCACAUUUGUAUUUAAUGUUCUUGUUUUCACUGACAGUAGUGUAUCCAUUGACGCCAAUAUAUCAAUCAGCAUCGUUAAUACCACACUGGUACGAGUGGUUAUUAUUAGCAUGGUUAUCAGGUCUGCUGGUGUCAGAACUAACAAAUCCAGGUGAUAGAGGAGGACUUGGAUGGCUUAAGGUCAUAUCCAUAGCUGUUAGUGCAAUUGGAAUAUUCCUUCAUGUCAUUGCUUUUGCAUUUUCAUAUGACGAAAGGCUAAUAUUAUUAUACAUAAGAAAUCAAAUCUUAGCUUGGGCAUUAUUAAUGAGUUUUGUACAGCUUCUGGACUUCUUAUCAUUUCAUCAUUUAUUUGGACCGUGGGCCAUUAUUAUAAGAGACUUGCUGAAAGACUUAACAAGAUUUCUUGUCAUAUUACUGAUAUUUAUGAUAGGUUUCACAUUACAUUUGUCAGCAAUAUAUCAACCAGUGUACGCUCCUAAAGAUCCAGAUCCAUCCCUGGGUAAUGGGUUAGGUAAUGGAGAACCAGUAACAUACUUGACGCCAAUCGAUGCAUUUGAACUGUUAUUUUUCUCAUUAUUUGGAUUAGUGGAUCCAGAUUCAUUGCCAACACUUUAUCGUAAUCCAGCAUGGGUGAUCACACUGGCCAAAAUUGUAUUUGGAACAUAUAUGAUGGUGACACUUAUUGUUCUUAUAAACCUGUUAAUUGCUAUGAUGUCAGAUACGUAUCAGAGGAUACAGCAACAGUCUGAUACAGAAUGGAAGUUUGGAAGAGCCAAACUAAUCAGAAACAUGAACAAGACAUCUGCAACACCAGCUCCAUUAAAUUUGUUCACCAAGAUUUUUGCAUAUUGCCGUAUGGCAUGUAAAUACAAAGGAAAGUUGUGUUCUGCGCAAGCGAAGGACUAUGUAAAUGAUGAAGAUGACAAUGAUGCCUUGUCUGAUUCACGAUCUGUUGACCUUCUCGCCCAAAAUUCUGUUGGUUGGUUGAGAAAUGUUGUCAGGCGUAAUACACAGGUUGCCCCUGAAGAUGGGUUUUUACGUGUUACUGGUCACCAUGGUCCCCAGAGAAUAGAAGAUGUUGUUGACUGGCCUAUGGUUGUACAGAGGUAUCACUCUAUGCAAGGAUUUGAGAAGCAGGAUGUGGGAGGCAAUGAGAAUAGCAAUCUACAAAUGGAGUGAAUGCAGGAAAGAUUUCAUGAUAAUCAAACAAGUCUGUGAUCUGUUUAACUGUUUAUUUCAUGUUUUUAUUGGGAAUUAUUAUGUGGAUUAUUUACUCGUACCAAAUUAUACAUGCUGGCAUACACAAGAGUGAAGAUAUACACUUGAUUUCCAACUCAAGUGGAAAGAAACAAAAUGUUUACAUGAAAUUGAUUUUAAGUAAAAUACAUUAUACCUUUAUGUAAUGUGUUAUUAUGUACAUUUUGUGAUAUCAAAUAUUAUUAUAAUUUUUUUCCUUUCAUUUGUAAUUAAUGUUAUAUGAAACUCUUAAUUUAAAACAAUCAGUAUAGUUUAUGACUUCACUUGUUCUAGACCAAUUAUAUAGCAGGGUUAUAUCUAAUACCAAAUUAAUGUCUCUUUCAUUUUACCCAUACCACUCUUUAAAUAGCCUAAAAGGAAUGUGCUUAACAAUAUAUGACACUUAACAAUCUGUUAAAACUCACUAAAGAUUAAAGAUUUGAGAUUUUCUUGGAAGUUCAAUGAUGAUAUGAUACCUCCAUUAUUAUAAUACACAGACACAUAGCAUUUUAUUAUCGAGGAAAAUUUUAUCAGGUUUACAUUUCCAUAAAGCAAAUUUUAACACAUAAUGUCUCUCAAGCUCUUAUGUAUCAUAGUAUUCUGACAUAAGGAAAACAGUAAAAUGUCUUUUACAACUAUUCUGCCUGGGCAGGAAACAUCCUCUGUAUCAACAAUUGAAAAAACAAACAAAAAUGUUAUUGAUAUGAAGGGGGAUAACUCAAAUUUACUUUUUCCAUUAGAACUAUUCCACAUAAAAAUCUUAUCUUUCAACUUUUUGUAUGAAUGCUCGAUGAAAACAAGAUUAUCAUAUGAAAAACUAUUUGUUUAUAGAUUGAAUAGUUUGAAAUUAUUGAAAACAAAGUUUUCUUUGAUUCUUAUAAAAUGUCAAAAUUACGUUUUCAUAUUUUCAUUUUAAAAUGACAACUUUUAAGUAAUAAUUUUAUAUGUAUACUUAUGUGCAAUAAAUUGUUUACAAACAUUGUUUUUCUAUACCCUGCUUUCUGCAUUUCUGUGUAUUCUGCAAAAAACCCUUAUCUGACCAUAUGUAUCAUGGUCAGUUUGCUGGAUGCGAUGGUCUAUAUGACGCAUGAUGGUUAGUUUUAAUGUGCAAUUAUUGUGAGAAGAAGAUUUUUUUUAUUUAUUUGUAUAUAAAUUUGUAUUCAUUAUUGUCCAUAAAACAUUCAUGACAUUUCGGUAUUGAUGACAUAUAUGUGUAUGGUUGAAAUAAAAGAAUAGUUAAAAGAAUUAUCAUCCUGCAAUAAGCCUUUUUACCAAACAAAUGCAUUAUGUAAUAAUCUUAUACUGUUUGAAUAUCAGCAGUUAGUACCUUGCUAAUAUUAUAGAUUCAUCUAUACCUUUAAUUUACAUGUCUAAAAAGGGUGUUUGCAACUUUUAAAAUACAAGAAUAUAUUUCAUAUUAUGCAUGUCCUUUACAUUUUUACAUUUUAAGACUUUCAGAUGAAGAACAGCAAUAAAAGCACUGUUCCUUUGCUUUUUGUGUGUUUUUUUGAUGUGCAUGUACUGACUUUGUGUCAUGGAUGGAUACCCCAUAUCCUUUGUUUUUCUAUUAAUAUUACCAUCUAUUUAGAAUUUUGAUUUUGGGGCAUGUUUUCAAGUGAGUCACAAUUAGGGUGCUACACAUUUUCAACAUAUACUUAACACGAUUUCCUCCAUAUUGACAUUUCUAUUCAAAGGGAAAAAUCUCAAACCACAAUUUAAUGAUACUUAUUUGAUGAUUUAAAACACACACCAUUAAUGUCACCUUUUGAUAUCACUUUUCAGAACAGUUCUAACCACAAAUUCACAAAUUUAAUUGAAAUAACAUCCCAACCACUUAGAAUUACAAUCCCAUAAACCACAAUUACCAAUGCAUGCCCAAUUUCAUGCCCUAAUUUUAUCCCAUAUUUUUAUCCUAUUUUUCUAAAAAAAAUCUUCAGUUCAUUUAUAAUAUAAUUCUGUUAUCCUUAUAACUUUGAUAUACUUUUAUUCUGCAUUUCAUUUCCCCUAAUCAAAGUCACAAUAUGUUUAAAAACUUCAAUCGUUACCUGAUGGCAAAUAAAUCUCAAUUACCAUAUACAUCCAUCUGUACCCCACUUGUAGUAAUAUUCAAACACCACAAAAUUAUGAAUUAAUUUGAUAAAAGCUUUUCCUACCAGCUAAAUUAAAUUCCUUUAUGGAGAAUUUUAAAAACUUAGCUAAUAUUUUCCAUUAAUAAAUGAUGUAAUAAAAUUCUUGGUGUAAAUGGAUAUGCUGAAUCUAACUCUGUAUUUAGAUUUUGGAUAUUGGACAAUAACCUAUAAAAGUCCAAUUUCAAAAUAUUCAGUUCUUUGACCACAUUCUUUCUGUGUCAGAAACCUAUGCUAUGUCAAAUUCUUAAUCACAAUCCAAAUUCAGAGCUGUAUCAAGCUUGAAUGUAUUGUCCAUACUUGCCCAACUGUUCAGGGUUCGACAUCUGUGGUCGUAUUAAGCUGCACACUGCAGAGCAUUCUAUUUAUUUUUGUGAAAAUUACUUUGAAAGGACAAUGUACAUUUUUGGGGCUUAUUGUCCCUGUAAAUUCACGGGAAAAAAAUAUUUAUUAUAGUAAUUGAUAAUCUUUUUUUUUUUAAGCCUGAAAAAAGGCUUUUAGAGAAUGUGUACAUUUGACAAGUCUUGAUGGCUGUGACAUUAUAAAAAUUAGUUCGUAAUAGAGAUUUUUUCAGAUAUUUUGCAAAUAAAGCUAAUUACAGAAGCAUUUUGGCUUGAUCAAUAUACUGUAAAAUCAGAAAUUAUUGCAAGGUUUUUAUUAAUGCGAAUAAUGCAACUGUGUGAGUAUCACAGUAAUAAGAACUCACAUUUUGGUAUCUGAAACAUACAUCUGUAUGGAGAUUUUCCUGAAAUCGCAAUAAUUAAUCUCGCAUUUUUGUCCAUUCUUAAAAAAUCGCAAUAAUAAAUGCAAGCAAUAAUUUCUGAAUUUACAGUAAUUGUCGAAGACAAUUUUCUGCCAGUGAGUAUAUACAUACAAGAUAUAACUACUUUCUAAAUAAUUUUUGAGUGAUUGUUGUGCUCUAUGGUAUUUCUAAGCAUGUGCAAGUCAUAUAUUCACGAUUUUGCUUAAUUUUUCUGUCAUUCCAAGGCUUUAUAACCCAUGAAAUGAGUAUGUUUUAAAACAAAACUGUAAUGAUUUAUUUAAGUAUAAAGAUUCAACAUAUAAUACUGCAAAUAAGAAAUAGUUCAAAAUACAUUUGAUUUUAAUGUCAAUUUGUGCAAAAAUCUUACCUUCACCUUUACCAAAAUCCAUACAUUUUCACAAAAAGUCUUCAAAUGAAAAUCAUUUCUAAAUCAAUCAAUUAGAUUAAUCUUCAUUAAAUUUUAACAGUUAAUGCCUUGAAAAAGUGAUAAUUACCGCUUUUCUGCUGAACAUCCAGCAAUAAGGAGUAAGAGCAAAAAAAAAGUAGUCUUAAUUUCCAAUGACUGGCUUCUUUGCCUUCUCUGAAUGGAGGAUUGGUUAACUUCAAUAGUGUAAAAGUUACUAUAUUUCCAUCGUAUUUCUAUCGUACUUUAAACCUUCUUUUUUUAUCUGUGUAAACAAGUCAAUAAGAUGCCUAAGACCAAACAGGUAUCCUGA